CAAGAAUAGAGCCUGCAACAAUUCAGGGUCUCUUCAAUGGCCCUGAUCCAAGCUCUGAACAGACCUAAAACCUCUUCAAAUACGCCAACUUCACAGUCUAUGACAAGAUACGCGGCUGCCUUUGAAGCCUCGUAAACACCACCAUCUUAAGGAGGCUGUGCUAGGAUUGCUGAUUCUUCAAACACCACAUCACCAUUUUGAACUUUACGACCAACCUUACAACCGUCUCCAGGAGAAGCAAUCAACAAAACGGAAUUGGAUGACUACAAGUGUGUCGAGACCGUCCAAAGUGCGACGACCAGAAGCUGUCUUCCAGCAUGGCUGGACAGCCCUCGAGCAGUCGAAACGACCUCCUUCUCGACCUAGACGAUGAUCAGCCCAUAUACCAUACGGGGCAACGGCCUCCGAUGAAUGACGAUGACCUUCUGCGCAUAUACUCACAGGACCACGAUGAAUCGAGUCACCGCCCCUCAGUCUCCUACGACGAUUUCGUCGGGGCUGGCGGCGCAUCGCACCCCUCAACAAGACAGUUGCCGGGCGGGCCUGGGACUGUCCCAGCAGAUCGAGGGGGUCCAUAUGUGCCAGGGGCUGCUGGCAGAAGGUUCAGUCAAACCUCUGGCUUGAAUAACUACCAGCCCUACGCUGAUGAAUUGGACGAUUUCCCGGACGAUGGCCAAUCGAUGUAUUAUAAUUCUGGGGGUGCGAUACCUGGCGGCCGAAGCAUGGGAGGGACAGGACGGACUCGAAACAGUAUACUAAGUUUGGGAGGUGGGCUAAUGGGCAAGGCGAAGAAUAUGUUGGGCAUGGCUCCAGAAUAUUCGGAAAUGGACUUACCUUUGACGGAGGCUGGUGCAAGAGCGCAAGCAGAGACUGCGGAGCCAAGCACACAAGCAAAGCCAGAGAGCAGGUUUGAUAUGGGAAACUUCAAAUUUGGCUUUGGAAGAGGAAAGGUGGACCCUUCGACACUGGGCCCUAGGAUUAUCCAUCUUAACAACCCUCCUGCGAACCGCGCCAACAAAUACAUCGACAACCAAAUAUCUACGGCAAAAUACAAUAUUGCAACUUUUCUGCCCAAAUUCCUUUUCGAGCAGUUCUCAAAAUUUGCCAACCUGUUCUUCUUAUUUACUGCAGCGUUGCAACAAAUCCCAGGCCUUUCUCCGACGAACCAAUAUACUACUAUUGGGCCAUUGGUCGUCGUUCUGAUUAUUUCGGCAGGCAAAGAGUUAAUCGAGGACCAUAGGAGAAAAACUUCGGACAGAACACUGAACAGUUCCAAGGCGCGUGUUUUAAGGGGAUCUUCAUUCGUGGAUACAAAAUGGGUGAAUGUUGCGGUUGGUGAUAUUGUGAGAGUGGAGUCAGAAGAGCCCUUGCCAGCAGAUGUCAUCCUACUUGCAAGUUCGGAGCCAGAAGGUCUCUGCUAUAUUGAAACUGCCAAUCUAGAUGGGGAAACCAACCUCAAGAUCAAGCAGGCUAUCCCUGAAACCUGUGUCCUAGUCAGCCCGAGCGAAUUGAGCCGCCUAGGAGGAAAGGUUCGUUCAGAGCAGCCGAACAGUAGCUUGUAUACGUUCGAAGCUACAUUGACUGUCUCAGCUGGCGGAGGUGAGAAGGAGUUGCCCCUUUCACCUGAUCAACUUCUACUCAGAGGAGCUACUUUGAGGAACACUCCCUGGGUCCAUGGCGUGGUCGUAUUCACGGGCCACGAGACCAAGCUCAUGAGGAACGCAACGGCAACACCAAUCAAGAGGACUGCAGUGGAAAAGCAACUGAAUAUGUUGGUUCUCAUGUUAAUUGGUAUUCUGCUCGCCCUGAGUGUCGUAAGUUCCAUUGGAGACCUCGUCAUUCGCACAUGGCAUGCAGACGAGUUAUCAUAUGUUGGUUACUCAGACUCAUCAACAGUUGGUCAGAAGGUGAAACAAUUCUGGUCUGAUAUGGCAACAUAUUGGGUCCUCUUCUCGGCUCUGGUUCCCAUAUCUCUGUUCGUCACCGUCGAGGUCGUGAAGUACUGGCACGCGAUCCUUAUCAACGACGACCUUGACAUGUACUAUGAUAAGACUGAUACACCGGCGGUGUGUCGUACAUCAAGUUUAGUCGAGGAACUUGGAAUGGUGGAGUAUAUCUUCUCGGACAAGACUGGCACUUUGACAUGCAACCAAAUGGAGUUCAAACAGUGCUCUAUUGCGGGCAUUCAGUACGCUGACGAGAUCCCCGAAGACCGUCGAGCAAUGGUUCAAGAUGGGAUGGAGCUUGGAAUUCAUGACUUCAAUCGCUUAAAGGAAAAUCUUAAGACGCACGAGACAAGGGAUGCCAUACAUCACUUCUUGGCUCUUCUAGCAACCUGCCACACAGUCAUUCCGGAAAGGAGCGAAGAGAAAGGCGGGGCCAUCAAAUAUCAAGCAGCAUCACCAGAUGAAGGCGCGCUGGUCGAGGGUGCAGUAAUGAUGGGUUACCAGUUCACGGCUCGCAAACCUCGUUCCGUGAUAAUUACUGUUGAGGGACAAGAACUCCAGUAUGAACUAUUAGCAGUUUGCGAAUUCAACUCAACCAGAAAACGAAUGUCUGCCAUAUUCCGAUGUCCAGAUGGGAAGAUAAGAUGCUAUUGCAAGGGCGCCGAUACCGUUAUCCUCGAGCGUCUAAGUCCCGACAACCAUCAUGUUGAGAUAACCCUACAGCAUUUGGAGGAGUACGCAUCCGAGGGCCUCCGGACACUUUGUCUCGCAAUGCGUGAGAUCCCAGAACAGGAGUUCCAGCAGUGGUACCAAAUCUUUGACAAGGCGCAAACCACGGUCAGCGGGAACCGUGCGGAAGAGCUUGAUAAAGCAGCCGAGCUCUUAGAAAAGGAUUUUUACCUCCUUGGUGCGACUGCUAUCGAGGAUCGACUUCAAGAUGGUGUUCCGGAGACGAUCCACACCCUUCAGGACGCGGGUAUCAAAAUCUGGGUCCUGACUGGGGAUCGUCAAGAGACUGCCAUUAAUAUCGGGAUGAGUUGCAAGUUGAUUAGCGAAGAUAUGACACUGUUGAUUGUCAAUGAGGAAUCAGCAGAGAUGACAAGAGAUAACAUCCAGAAGAAGUUGCAUGCGAUACGGACACAGGGUGAUGGAACUAUUGCCAUGGAUACCCUUGCGUUGAUUAUCGAUGGACAGUCCCUGACUUAUGCCCUUGAAAGGGAUCUGGAAAAGGACUUCUUGGAUCUUGCUGUUAUGUGCAAGGCGGUCAUCUGCUGUCGAGUGUCACCUCUGCAGAAAGCUCUGGUUGUAAAGCUUGUCAAACGUCAUCUCAAGGCCAUCCUUCUGGCGAUCGGUGAUGGCGCUAACGAUGUCUCGAUGAUCCAAGCUGCUCAUAUUGGUGUUGGCAUUAGCGGUAUGGAGGGGCUUCAGGCAGCGCGGAGUGCGGAUGUUGCUAUUGGUCAAUUCCGAUACCUUCGAAAAUUGCUGCUCGUGCAUGGUGCCUGGAGUUACCAUCGAGUCAGCAAGGUUAUUCUCUAUUCUUUCUACAAGAACAUUACUUUGUACAUGACGCAAUUCUGGUAUGUGUUCCAAAAUGCCUUCUCUGGGGAAGUCAUCUAUGAAUCUUGGACCCUUUCAUUCUACAACAUCUUCUUCACGGUCCUGCCUCCCCUGGUGAUGGGCAUCUUCGACCAAUUCAUCUCCGCACGCCUUUUAGACAGAUACCCACAGCUAUACCAACUGGGACAGAAGAAUACGUUCUUCAAGAUGCAUUCGUUCUUUUCCUGGGUCGCUAAUGCCUUCUACCAUUCCUUGAUCCUCUACUUCUUUUCCGAGGCUAUCUUCUGGCUUGAUCUUCCUCAGGGAGAUGGCAAGAUCGCAGGUCAUUGGGUCUGGGGUACAGCUCUAUAUACCGCCGUCCUAGCUACUGUCCUAGGGAAGGCGGGAUUGGUGACAAACAUAUGGACUAAAUAUCAUGUGAUUGCCAUCCCUGGAAGUAUGCUGUUCUGGAUAGGUUUUAUUGCUGUAUAUGCAACGGUCGCCCCGAAGAUUGGUUUCUCAACGGAAUACGACGGUGUCAUCCCGAGACUAUACGGGAGUCCUGUGUUCUGGCUUAUGGCCCUUGUCUUACCGUUUCUCUGUCUAUCGAGGGAUUUCGCAUGGAAAUACGCGAAACGAAUGUAUCGGCCACAAACCUACCACCACAUCCAAGAAAUCCAAAAAUACAACAUCCAGGAUUACAGACCUCGCAUGGAACAAUUCCAAAAAGCAAUUCGCAAGGUCCGCCAGGUGCAGCGCAUGCGCAAACAGCGUGGCUAUGCCUUCUCUCAAGCCGACGAGUCGCAGACCCGCGUUCUCCAGGCUUACGACACAACGCGGGAGCGUGGCCGCUACGGUGAGAUGGCGAGUUCGAGACCGAGCGGUCGGUAGUCAAGUGUGCUAUUUAAGGGUUCUGGCGUGUGUGCUCGGUGGGAAACUCACAGAUGGGAAUUGAACCCACUGGACGGACAUAAAUGAGGCGUGGCGGGAGGAAGUGCUAAAGAUCUUGAAAUGGAGAAAGGAGGGCAAGGUGUCCAAAAGACAUGUAUUGUACUGUAUUAUGCGUAAAUGGGCGAGCGAUGACAUGAAAUUUUUUAGCCGCAUGUAUGCCUGU